AUGGAAACCAUGUUUAGUUUGUUUUCGAUGGAGUUCUUAUUGUUUAGUCUCAUUGGAUUGGCUUGUGCCGUUGAAUUUUUUGAUAAGCAAAAGAGACUACAACAAGAACGUCUAUCUUCACCACCUCCAUCACUACAAGAAAUUUACACAUCUCCAACUAUACAUCGAGAACAACAGAUCCUUCAAGAAGAAGUAGAAGAUGAUGAUGAUAAUAAUACUGAUUUUGAUUGUCAAUCCCAAGUUGAUCCUACCCCUGAUUAUUAUGAUACAACUAGUCUGACUAGCGUUGUGGGAGAUAUAGAUCUUUUCUACGAACCUGGACAACCUGGUCGAAUAAUGAAAUAUGAGCCUCCUCCUCCUUAUUCAUUAUAUCCUCAUGGAACAAGACGAAAAUUGGCAAAGAAUAAAAUUAAAGGUGCAUGUAGAAGAUUAAUGAGAUUGGGUUAG